GUAAUUAUUCAUCAGUUACUCAUUAGUUGCUAUUAAAGAACUUCGUCUCUUAUUUUAUUGAAGAAUAAUAAUAAAUAAAAAGAAAGUGAAAAUAUAAAAUAGAAACUUUUUUUUUAACGAAAAUUGUAGAAAUACCAUAAUUUUUUUCUUUUAUUCCCUUUUUUAAAAUUAUAGUAAAAGAAAAAUGUCAACUAAUUGGAAUGAAAGUGCAGUGCAAUUAAAUCCACCUGAGGAAUUAUUGAAACCUCUUGUUGUACCAAUUAAACAUUUAAUGGGUCCUGGUCCAAGUAAUUGUUCACAACGUGUUCUAAAUUCCCUUCAAAAUCAACUUAUUGGUCAUUUACAUCCGGAAAUGUGCAAGUUAAUGGACGAAAUUAAGGCUGGUCUACAAUAUGCCUUUCAAACAAGAAACAGACUAACUCUAGCUAUUAGUGCAUCUGGUCACGGGGGAAUGGAGGCGUCAAUUGGCAAUUUACUCGAACGUGGAGAAUCAAUUUUAAUCGUUAAAAGCGGUAUUUGGGGUGAGAGAGCGGAGGACAUUGCAAAUCGUCUUGGACUGCAAGUACACCUAUUAACGACAAAAUUGGGCAAAGGUUUUAAUUUAGGAGAAUUAAAAUCAGCGUUGGAGACUUUUACACCAACGGCAGUUUUUAUGGUUCACUCGGAGUCGUCGACUGGUGUCGUUCAAUCACUCCUGGGGGUUGGUAAACUUGUUCAUGAACACGGCAGUCUCCUUAUUGUUGAUACGGUUGCAUCCCUAGGGGCGGAACCAUUUUUCACUGACGCUUGGGAAAUCGAUGUUGUUUACACCGGAAGUCAAAAGUGUCUUGGAGCGCCACCUGGAAUCACUCCGAUUACUUUUAGUCCCCUUGCCGAGCGAAAAAUUUUCAGUAGGAAAACAAAAGUUCCGGUACAAUAUUGGGACGUGACUUUAUUGGGGGACUAUUGGAAUUGUUUUGGAAAUUCUAGAAUUUAUCAUCAUACGAUAAGUGCUACUUUGGUUUAUGGUCUACGCGAAGCACUUGCACAAUUAGCGGAAGAAACACUUCCGGUUUCCUGGUUGCGACAAGCUAAAGCAACGGAACAUCUACAUAACGGUCUAAAGGCACGUGGUUUUGAAUUUUACGUCACAAAUCCAAAAGAAAGAUUGAAAACGAUAACAGCUGUGAAGAUACCUUUAGGAAUUGAUGGCAAAGUCGUGACGUCAUAUGCAAUGGAACGACACAGUGUGGAAAUAUCCGGUGGUUUAGGACCAACAGCAGGGAAAAUUUUUCGUAUCGGUUUAAUGGGAAUAAAUGCGACAAUUAAUCAGGUUGAUCUUGUAUUACGUGUUUUUGACGGAAGUAUUAAAUACUCAAAAUCUCAUUUGUAACCAUUUUUUUUUAAUUAUUAAAAAAAAAAUAUUUAAAUUAUUUUCAAAAUGGAAUAAAUAUAAAUUUACUCAGUAAAAGUUAAAAUUUACUCACCGAUUGAUGAUUCCACGUGGUCGAAAGAAUUUUGAACGAAAAGAAACAGAAUAAAAAAAAAAUUACACUUUAAACGUGAAAAAGCACUUUGACGACUGUAAGCGACUGACCAUAAACUACUUAUGUUAUAGAGUGGCGAACUUAAACUAAAUGUAAGAUUUUUAAAGCUCGGUUCACAAGUAUUAUACUUUCCUCGACCUGUCCAGUUCUUUCCAAAUGCGACACUAGUCGAUUAUUUUUUUUUUAUCAACGACUCAACCCUGUUGAAUGAAAUUUUUCAUUUCUUUGUUAACUACCCAACCUUGUUGGAUAUUCUGCUCAACCCUGCUAAAUGAAAUUUUUAAUUUUUUUGUCACCUACCCAACCUUGUUGGAUGAGAUUUUCGAAACUUUCCGAAAAUUUCAAUUAGCAAGGUUGGGAAGUUGAGGAAAAAAUCUCACAGUUAUCAAAUUACAAUUUCGUCUCGCAGGGUUGAGUAGUCGACAAAAAAAGGCAAAAAAUUCCAAAUCAACAAGGUUGGGUAGUUGACAUUGAAAUUAUCAAUAAACGAGAAGUGUCGCAUUUCAGAAGUUGUCCAGUGGAAAUAAACACAUUAAAGCUAAAUUCACAAUGGCAAAUGACCAUUAUUAUUUUUUUAUUUAAAUAUUUGUAUUCUCAAAUAAAAAAAAUUCAGAAAAAAUCUGUAAAUACACAAAAUUCGAGUAAAACAAGGAAAACAAUACAAAAAACGCCAAAAAAAGACGUUAUCACGAUUGUUUAUUUACUUUAAAAAGAAAACCAUCGAUAUCAAUAGUUAACAAUCAAAACGUUUAAUGAUUUUUUUUUGUGUUUUCAAGAUACAGUGAUUAAUAGUGUGAUUUAUCACAAUCAUGAUAAUGAUAAUGAUGAUGAUAUGUUUUCUCAUACAAUAAUUGUCGAUUAAAAAUGUCGCAAAGUAAUUUGCCGUUUAUUUAAUUAUAUCGAUGUCUUCGCACAGUGUGUAUUACAUAAUUAGUGAUGUGGCUCAUUAAUAUUUUUUUUCUUUGCCAAAAAAUAAAUAAAAAUUAUCUUCAAAAUAAUUAUCAAAAGCCAUUAUUAAAAAUAUAUAUGUAUAUAUCGUAGGUUUUUUAGACAUCAAAAUUUAUCGAACUUGCGAUAUAAAUCGUUUAAAAUUGAUAUGUUGGAAUUGAAGUCUCAAAAUCGAUAGUUUCUAAUAUCGAAGUCUCGAAGCUGAUAAUAUCGAUUAUUGAAAUCUCGAAAUCGAUUUUUUCAACGAUUAUCAAAGUUUUGAAAUUAAUUUUUUAUCGAUUAUCAAAAUCUUGAAAUCAAUUUUUUAUCGAUUAUCGAACUCUUGAAAUUGAUUUUUUUUAUCGAAUAUCGAAAUCUUAAAAUCGAUUUUGUAUCUAAUGUCGAAGUUUCAAAAUCAAUAUUAUCGAAUAUCGAAUACUUGAAAUCGAUACAGAGUAUCGAAUAUGGACUCAAUUAUCGACAUUUGGAUAUUUUAGGUAAAAAAAAUUUUUUUUUAAAUAUUUAUGAGCCAAGUUAGUAAUUAAUAACCUAAACAACGUUUUUUUUUUUUUUUGAAGAAAAAGCCGUUGUUUCAACAGUUUA